AUGGCUUUAGAAAUGCGCUCGAGCAGCAAGACAACCAUUCAGGAGGUGGUCUUUCGAGGCCGCAUCUUCGCGGUUCUCCUGGCAGCAUGGGUGCUGGCGGGCGUGUCCAUGGCGGCGUGGCUGUGCUACUCGCGGCACGCGUCGUACGAGAGCGAGCGGUGGCAGCACCUCGACACGUGGUGCUACGAGCGCGCCAAGCUCUUCGAGCAACACACUCUCACCACCGUCAGCCAGAUCCGCACAUUCGCGGGGCUGGUGGCGGUGAUGGGCAAGCCGAAGAGGGACGGCGGCAAGUGGACGUGGGACAAGUGCUUCACUCGCCUGCGGUGGGACGAGUACAUUAACAAGACGGGUUACGCCCGCCCGGGCAACACGGGGGCCAUGCUCUGCCUCUUUGUCACUGAUAAGGAGCGGCCAGCCUUUGAGCGGCAGUAUGGCGGGCCGAUCACGGACAUGGCAGGGCAGCCGCAGCAGCGCCAGCCGCUCUACUGCCCCACGAUGAUCGACCUGCACUACUACCGCUCCUCCAUCCCCCUCGUCGACCUCGUGCAACGCAUCCCCGACGAGCUCGCCUUCCUCCGACGCACCGCGGAGGUUGGGUAUUGCGUUGUAACGCCUGUCGGAAACCUCAGCUACAACCUCACAGGUGUUGCGGUGGGCUUCCCCAUCUUGCAGCACCCGCUGCCGCCGAACCCAACGCAGCAGCAGGCAGAGGAGGCGGUGAUUGGGGGGGCAGGGUCGGUUGUGGACUUCACCUCCAUCGCCAAGAACGUGCUCACCAAGGUGUUUUGCCCAGACCCCUCGAUCACGUUUGAGGCAUAUGACACCACAGACCCCAGUGCCCCCACCAUGAUCUACGGGCCGGGUCCAAGGCUCAUUUAUUACAAGGAGAGGGACAUCAUACCCUUCACUGCCGCCUCGCCCGACAACGUUACGCGCCCUUGGGAGCAACGUGCCGUCGUGCCCCUCGACCUGCUGGGCGGCCGCCUGCGCCAGUACCAGGUCUGGUGCCGGUACUCUCAGCCUCCCCACGCAUGGCAAUCAUGGGGCGUGCCCCUCCUCUGGGCUUUACUCGCCCUCGUGCUCACAACCCUCGUGGCAGCCGUGGCAUGGCAGCAGCGCGUGGGGUACCUGCGCAGCCAACAAGGAAUGGCACGGGCCGACCGCCUGCGGGCGAACGCGCGGGCAGCGGGAGCGGUACAAGAGUGUGUUCGUGGCGUCCAUGUCUCACGAGCUGAUGGGCAUCAUGGGGUUGCUCGCUCUCAACUGAACUCCCCUCCACUCCCCACCACCAGGUACUCUGAGCCUCCCGACGCGUGGCAAUCGUGGGGAAUUCCUUUCCUCUGGGCGUUGCUGGCUCUGGUGCUGACAUCCCUGGUGGUAGCCGUGGCAUGGCAGCAGCGCGUGGGGUACCUGCGAAGCCGAGAGGGAGUGGCACAGGCCGACCACCUCCGGGCCAACGCACGGGCAGCGGAGCGGUCCAAGAGUGUGUUUGUGGCGUCCAUGUCCCACGAGCUGCGCACGCCCAUGAUCGGCAUUAUAGGUUUGCUGGACGCCCUGGCUGACAUGGGGCUGAGCGGGGCUCAAAUAGCGGAUGUGGGGCAGGCGAGGGCGUCGGCGGAAGAUACGGUGCGGCUGGUGAACCGCGUGCUUGAUCUGUCCAAGCUGGAGGCGCGCAAGAUGGGGCUGUGUUGUGCGCCAGUUGACCCGCGAGUUUGGCUGGAAGGAAUCGUCAGGGAGAGCUACUGGCGGGCUCGCCAGAAGGGGAUUGAAUUGGUGGGACUGGUGGAUGAGAACGUGCCUGAGGAAUUGGAAGUUGACGCCAUGAGGCUCACACAAGCUCUCCAAGAACUGAUAGGGUAUCUACAUCUCAAAAUUGUCACCAGACCAGAUGCCAUGAACGGGCAUUUGUUCUUCCCAUCAUCCCAUCCCUCCCAUCAUCCCACUCCUCCCAUCACCCCAUUUCUCCCAUCACCCCAUCCCUCCCAUCACCCCAUCCCUCCCAUCACCCCAUUUCUCCCAUCACCCCAUCCCUCCCAUCACCCCAUCCCUCUCAUCACCCCAUCCCUCCCAUCACCCCAUCCCUCCCAUGACCCCAUCCCCACCAGACAAUGCAAAGCCUCAGACGCACCUCUCCCUCCCUCGCCUCCUCCUCCCCCUCCGUCGUUCCUCUCCUGGCUCACCAGCCUCAUUGCCCGCCUGCCUUCCUGCCUUGUUCUCUGCACCAGAGCUCUCCUCACGCCUGGCCAGGGCAGCCUCUCGUGUGACCAAACCACUGCUGAGAGCACUGAGGAGGAGAGAACCAACCAGAGCUCUUACCACCAGAGUAGCCACCAGAGUGCCUUCCAGAGAAGUGAUGAUGAGAGAAUAGCUCAGCGUAGCAGUCAGAGAUUGGAUGAGAUACACGACCAGAGGAUAGCCCAGAGUAUCGAUGGGAGCAGUGAGAGUGGGGAGGUGUCGGCGCAAGGCAAUGCAGACGCAGGAGGAGGAGGGUGCUUGCCUGCUGAUGCAGUAGGAGGGUGCUUGUCUGGUAUAAGGCUGUGGGCGGCUGAGGGAGUGAGUGGGGUCACGAGGGGGGAUGGAGGAGAGGGGGAUUCGGAGGAGGGUUGGGAAGGAGGUGGGGGGAUGCAGCGGCGGGAAAGUGGGUGCAGCGGUGGGAGUGGGGAGAUGCAGCUGGUUGUGUCGUGUGAAGAUACCGGGUGUGGCAUUGAGGAGGAGAAGCAGGAAGGGAUGUUUGAGUUGCAGUGGGUGAGGGAGUGGGUGAGGGAGUGGGUGAGGGAGUGGGUGAGGGAGUGGGUGAGGGAGUGGGUGCAGUGCAGUGAGAGUGAGGGGAUGCAGCUGGUGGUGUCAUGUGAAGAUACGGGGUGUGGCAUGGAACAGGAGAAGCAAGAGGGGCUGUUUGAGUUGAAGGGGCGGACAGAGAGUGGAGGAGCGGGGCUGGGUCUUGCGCUCACGCACCAACUGGUGACCCUCAUGGGCGGCCAUGUGGCCUGCCUGUCUCAUCCCGGCAUCGGCUCAACCUUCGCCUUCUCCGUCCCCUUCUCCUCGCCCCCCUCGCCCCCCGCCGCUCCCUCUCACGUCACCCAUCCUCCCACUUCUCUUACAACCAUUACUCACUCCCCCGCUCCUCCAAUUGGCGGUUUGGAGGGAUUGGCAGUGGGCGUGGUGGCAUCUGAUAAAGUCAAGAGAGAGCUCACGUCUCGCAUUCUAUCAGGUCUCCGAGCACAAGUGCGCACUCUUCCAACGCUUAGGAGCGAGCCAGAGCGAGGGAGAGAAGGUGAAGGAGAGAAUAUUGAGGGAGAGGGAGAGAGCAUGUGUUUAGAUGGAGAAGGAGAGAGGGCCAAGGGAAGACAAAAGGGGAUGUGGUCAGAGGGAGGAGAAAGGAGGUGUUUAGAGGGAGACGAGGGAGCAGAGGGGAUCAAGGGAGGAGAGGUAAUGAGGGAAAGCACUUCUUGGGUGGUGGUGGUUGAGGAUGCAGAUUUGCUGAGAGGGUACGUGAGAGAAAUAGGAGAAGCUGCUGAAAAUGGUGCAUGUAAGAGUGUUAGGAAUGGUGGGAAUGGUGUGGAGUGCGGUGGGGAUCGGUGGUGGAGGAGGGAUGGGCAAGGGAGUGGGGCAGGUGGAGAGAGAGGGGCUGUGGUGGCUCUGGUGCCGGCAGGGGCAGGCAGGAGAGGAGAGGAUGCAGCUUGUAAAGGUGCACGGGGAAGCAGCUGGGAGGCAGCGGUGUGGCAGGCAGGCAUGCGGGCUAUGAGAGGGGUGCAAGGGAUGGUGGUGGGGGUGGUUGUUCUGACGAACUGCUCUGGUAGAGAGGCAAUGGGGGUAUGGGACGGGGUGGAGGAAGGAGAAGAGGUAGAGGAAGUGAGUGUAGGGGAGGAAGAGGAUGGAGAGAAGGGGGCGAGCAGAAGUAUGGAAGAGGGAAUAGAGGAGCAAAGUGAUGAGGAGGUGGGAAUGAAAAGAGGUCAACCUCAGAUGCACUCGCAGAUGCAACGAUCAUUGCAUACAGCUGCUACUGCCGCUGCCGCUGCCGCUGCCACUGCCGCUGCCUCUGCCUCUGCCUCUGCCUCUGCCGCUGCUCCUUCUUCCUCUCCUCCUUGUGUCUCUGCUACCAUUCCACCCCGGGUGGUCACCUGUCGCCGCCCGCUGCUCUCUCACCAUCUGCACCACGCCGUUCAGAUGGCAGCAUUUGGACUCGGCGUCAACAGCCCAUACCAGGGAAACAGGGCCUGUGAGGGGCAGGGCGGUCUGGGGGUGCAACUGAGGUGUACUGAACUGGGUGCUGCGAGCUUGUGCAAUGGCAGCACCCACGUUACAAGGAGGGGCAAUGUGGAUGCAGGGCAAGAUGAGGGUCAAAUCACGCAGGGUUUGAGUGGCAUGGCACGAGUGCGAGUGGAUGGUGCAGUUGCAGCAGCCGGUGAUGCACCCAGCAGCCAAAUCAGCAGUCUCAGGACCAAUAGAAAGCCGGCCGCUGCUGCCGAAGCGAAUGCAGAAGUACAAGGAAUGAGGGAGCUGCAGAGGAGUGCGGCCACACCAGCCCCCGAUGCUGACCAUUCAGCCUGGGAGGCGGAUUCAACACUGCAGCAGGGCAGUGAGGUGCUGCAAGGGAGUGGGAGAUCACAGGCAGGCAAGGGAGGAACUGUGGUGCUGCAGCGGGUGGGUGUGCAGGCAGCCAAGUGGUUGAGUGCGGUGCAGCAGGGUGGGGGGUUGCUAGGGGGGGUGGGCGUGCUGGUGGUGGACGAUGCGGCGGUGAAUCUGGUGGUGGCGCGCCGCACUCUCACUCGCAGCGGUGCCACCGUCACCACCGCUGCCAGCGGGGAGGAGGCGCUCCGGCGAGUCAAGCUCGCCUUGGGGGCCGCUUCACAGCCCAUGGACAUGGCCAUGGAUGGACAUGUGUAUGGGCAUGUGGAUGUGGUGCUCAUGGACCUGCAGAUGCCCCUCAUGGACGGCUUUGCAGCAACAGAGGCCAUACGAGCGUACGAGGCCGACACAGCCCUUCACCUGGCAUCAACCUCAGAAGCCACAGUGGCACUGACAGCAGAUGUGGAUGAUGAGGUCACUCGGCGCUGCCUUGCGGGUGGCUUUGAUGGCGUUCUGCAGAAGCCUGUCGACCCGAAGCUGCUGGCGCAGCUGUUGCUGCGCAUUAAUAGCAGGCGCGGGCUGCGGCACAUGCGCAGUGCUUCACUGCCUGUUGAUGGUGAGGCGGCAACCUUGUUGAAGGACACUCAAAGAGCAGUCACUAAUGCUGUUUGA